AUGCCAAGACAGUCAGCACAGCCCGCGAAGCGCGGUCGUCCCGCCAAGUCUCAAGAAACCGCCGCCGCAGGCACGAAGCGGAAGGCCACUCAGCAGCCCGCGCGAAAGAAGUCGGGGCCUUUUGAACUCUCCGACAGCGACGCGGCGACGCGGGUCGUCGUCGACGAGGACGAUGUCGAGGAGGCAGCGGAGGAGGAGGAAGAGGAGGAGGAGGGUGAAAGCGCCGAGGCGCCCGAUAACACCAUCCCGCCCGAGCUGCUGACGCGGCUCCUCCACCUGUUCUUCGAGAAGGACGACACGCGGCUCAGCAAGGACGCGAACGCAGCGGCGGGCAGGUAUAUGGACAUCUUUGUCCGGGAGGCCAUCGCGCGGUGUGUUCACGAGAGGCCCGGUGGCUUCCUCGAGGUCGAAGACUUGGAGAAGAUUGCGCCGCAGCUGCUCAUGGACUUUUGA